AAGAGGAAAACCGAACCCUCGAAAUCCAUAUGGCAAACGACGCCAUGGCGCGCCCGUGACAUCCCUCGCGGCAUCCAUCGCAUGGCUUUUACGGCUUGGCUCAGUCUCGUGGUGUGCUCGGCCGCAUCGCGGGUGUUUGACGAGACGGAGCCGGUGGAUUUGCUGCAGAGGACUUUGCAGCUGGAUGGCGGCAGCGAAGGUGCUGCCGCGCAGGCGGAAAGGCUGCGGAAGGUGCUGCCCAUGGCUUGGAUUCAUGUACCGAAAUGUGGCACCUCCUUUGCGAACACCUUAGUGGGCAUGCCCCACUUUUGCCCCGACGCUCCGGAGAACUACGACGUCGAGUCCUCCGCACCUGACGGGUGCUUAUUCAGGGUCUUUGCCCCAAACGUGUGCAAGUCGUUCUGCGAUCAAAACUAUUUGCACUGUUGGAAUGGCAAGGAUGGGAACAACUAUCAUGCCUUCGUGGGCAAUGAAAGUCAAUACUUGAAAGUGAAGGGCCAUAUGGUGGGCCUCUUCCGCCAACCGGAGCAACGUUUGUUGUCUGCCUACUACGAUGGACAUGAUUGGAUCAACGGGGGCAAUGGCACCCGCUGUGAUAAGAGCCACACCGGAGAGCUCAGCGUGCCGGACUUCGCGCCUCUCUUCGCCGGAAGCAUGACGUAUCAGCUCACCUAUCCUCAACCGGUUCACUGGGGCGCGAAGUAUGGACCUACGAUUACUCGAAGCCUGGCACUGGAGGCGGCCAAGCGCGUCAAAGAGGGCUUCGCCUACGUGGGCCUCACGGAGGAGUGGGACCUCUCCAUUUGCUUGUUCCACGCCAUGUUCGGAGGGGCCUGCCACAGCUCGGAGUUCCGCAACGUUCGUCCUGGAGAGCACGAGAAAGAGAGUGAUGGAGAGUAUGAUACCUCCGUGUUGGAAGGCUUUCAGGAGAUGGGCCUGCGCCUUUCGAAUUGACCCGUUAUAGGGAUCCUGUCGUACCUUCUCAGGUUCGGUAUGACUGGACCCUCCUGGCACCUACAUGUCUCAGUGUCUCCAAUCACCGUACCUCAGAAGGUAUGUGGAUCCUUUGGGUGAUGUGUUUUUGUUCCCUUUGCUUAGAUGGUUCAUCCCGAUUUAUGCAAAUUGUUGGGGAGACCGCAUGUUUGAAAGAAGCACCUACAGUUGCAGCUGUGCUGUACUGCAUGUGUGACAUCUUCUUAGAGAAGCCGUGGGUUCGUUCAAAGGCUUUCGCCAAUGAAUCCCAAACACUCAUUCCAUGGGAAAUCCGCCCACACCGCUUGCGGUGCAGGGCGUGUUAGGGGCAGGUCAAGCUGGAAUCAUCGUCAUCAUCACAUCAGUUCAUAGCUCUGCUAGGGGGGGGGCUUUUUUUUUCGGGAAAAAACGUCUUACGCCUCGAGGGCCAUGGGGGAGAACGUUUUGGAGGUACAUUUUUGGAUUAAUUUUCUGGUUUCGUUGCGACAUUUCUGCAACAACCCAAACAACCCAAAAAACGGACACCCACGAUGCUUAAAAACCUCCUGACCAGCAACGCAUAACCAGC